CAAAUGGCGGAUGACGCCGGUGCAGCGGGAGGGGCAGGAGGAGCCGGUGGUGGUGGUGGUGGACCCGCCAGAGGGGGCUUCCGGGGAGGCUUUGGCAGUGGUGGGCGAGGCCGUGGACGGGGGCGUGGAAGAGGCCGUGGACGGGGCCGCGGGGCCCGUGGUGGAAAAGCUGAAGAGAAGGAAUGGAUUCCAGUCACUAAGCUCGGCCGCCUAGUCAAGGACCUGAAAAUCAAGUCUCUGGAAGAGAUCUACCUCUUUUCGCUUCCGAUCAAGGAGUCGGAGAUCAUCGACCAUUUCCUGGGCCCUUCGUUGAAGGAUGAAGUUCUGAAAAUCAUGCCUGUCCAGAAGCAAACCCGGGCUGGGCAGCGCACCAGGUUCAAGGCCUUUGUUGCCAUCGGUGACUACAACGGCCAUGUUGGUCUCGGAGUCAAAUGCUCCAAGGAGGUUGCCACGGCGAUCCGAGGGGCCAUCAUCUUGGCUAAGCUGUCCAUCGUGCCAGUGAGGCGAGGCUACUGGGGUAACAAGAUCGGCAAGCCCCACACCGUGCCGUGCAAGGUGACGGGUCGCUGUGGGUCUGUCCUGGUGCGCCUCAUCCCUGCGCCACGCGGCACUGGGAUUGUGUCUGCCCCCGUUCCCAAGAAACUGCUGAUGAUGGCUGGCAUUGACGACUGCUAUACCUCUGCCAGAGGAUGCACUGCUACCCUGGGCAACUUUGCGAAGGCCACCUUUGAUGCCAUCUCAAAGACCUACAGUUACCUGACCCCGGACCUUUGGAAGGAGACCGUGUUCACCAAGUCUCCCUACCAGGAGUUCACUGACCACCUGGCCAAGACCCACGCCAGCAGAGUCUCUGUGCAGAGGACCCAGGCGGCUGCUGUGGCAACCACCUAAUGCCUUCUUUUGUACAAGGAAAUAAAAGUGACAAAUGACCAAAUAAAAGUGACAAAUGAA